AUGAAGAUGGAGAUGAAGAAGAAGAUGAUGAUGAUGAUGAUGGGUGAUCCUCCUGAAGGUCCAAGGCCUACAGAGAAAGCACCUGAGCUAAGGAAGUACCUCAAGGAAUCUAAGGUCGGCAUGGAAGACAGGCAGGAUCCGGAAUGCCUUCCCUUCCUUCACCGGGCUUACCUUCCCGUCUUCUCGACGAGCCUGCUGCCCGGUCUGCACCUUCCCGGUGUUCCUCCCCCCAACUGCACCUGCCCACCUGCCUCCCGCACCCGCACCCAAGACGUUGCACUUCGGAUCAACUCAAAAGACGUUUCGCUCCAAAACGGGCAUGCCCGAGACGCUUUACCGUUCCUUUGCCGAUAUGUUGACGAUACCCUGGGUCCCAUCUUCAGCUCUAGACAUCGGAAGCCGACUGCCACCCUAUGCUCCCACCUUGGGCCACUGCUGCCGCCGCCAUUCGGCGCCGGCCAUGGCAAUAGCGGCGCCCAUCAUGUCGUCUAG